AACAUCUGUGUGUGGUUGUAUUAAUAUUUUCAUGUGUUGGCCUUGUUUUGACAGAAAGUACAGACAACUGUCAAAAGGUUGAAGUAGGGAUCGCACAUAAGCUGUUUAUGUUUCUGUUUAAGUGGAGUGCACAAGAAUUAGCAUCAGUCACAUGUGACAAAUAGUGAACUUUGAUAGGCCAGUGUAGAGGUAUAAGCGUGUUCGAUUGCUCAGUUGGGCAGUCAUUUAGAGGCUUUUACAACAUGUCUUCAAAUGCCGACCCUACACAGGUCACUCUCACAAUAAUAACAUUCGAUGAGACACUUGCCGGCGAGUACUGUUGUUCAAAGGAAAGCAAGAAAGAGUCCACGUGUCAAUGCGUCCAAAAAGCAGAACCACUUACGCCGAAACCAGCACCUUCUGCAGAAGCCCCUACUGCACCUGAAGUCACACAGACACAAGCCACAUUAAAUGGAACGCAAUUAGACAUACUUACGAAUUCCACUGGAAUGCAAUUAGGUCUUUAUAAUUGGGCUUUGACAACAUGUGUACCCAUCUUCUUUCAACUUUGUUGGAUGGACAUUGCUUACUGAAGAAAUCGCUCGCACGGAUUCCUGCGGACCAACGAAUGUUUAAACAACAUUGUAUACAUCUUAUGUGUGUGCCACGGUUGAAGAUUGUUAAGUGAAUAACACUUUAUUAACUUUUAUUGACAUGAAUGACUGUAGUGCAUUUAUUUCAGUUAGAAGUAUAAGCAGAAUAAAAAUAAUUUUGUGAUAACAAAAGAAAAUUUCAAGCAAACAAGUUUUUACCCAAUGUGCAACGUAAGGGAUUACUACGCAAACACAUUUGUACUAAAUUUCAAUUGGUAACACAAUACGUUAUAUGCCGUAUCGUUUAGCUAAAAAUUAACUAUGUAUACAACCGCUAAAAUAUAUGUCUACAGGUUCAAAUUAUUCCUACAUGCAACGUACAUGCACCUGCGAGAGUAUUAAGUCUAAAUAAGAUUAAAUAACUCGUACAAACACGUCACUGUUUAUGAACAUGUCUUAGGUACUAAACAUGUUUCGGCCAUAGCCUUCAUCAAUAGUACUUUAAUAUAAACAAAUACAAAGGAAGUGACGUCAACGUCAUACAAUAACGUAACGUCGUUUAGCGGAAACAAAUAUAUAUAGUACAUAAUACUACAUAAUACAUAGUACAAAGAUGGAUCAGUGAUGAUACAACAGUCUAUUAGUAAUAAUAUAAUUGAAAACAAAAAUUCUUUUUUUUUAUAGAGUAUUAAGUCGUUAUUUAGGCGUAUUUAUUCGCAUGCAGGCGUUCAUUUAUUUGAUUCAGGGUAAAACAUGAGCCCACGGUAUACUAAGCAGAUUCUCAUGUUAGCUAAUAUUUAACAUAACACUUAUUAUUUGAACAGACCAGUUCUGAUUAUUUGAAUGAAACGAUAAAGUUCUUCAAAUGAAAUUGUAUUUGCAUAGUAUGAUUCAGUUAACCUUACCACAUGCAUAUUAAAACGUAUGAAUUUACUCUCUUAAAGUGUAUGUUCAGAAUGAACUUGCACUUGUACCUAUGCAAGUAUUUUUAUUGAAAUGCGCGCAAACAGAGGAUUGUGCCUGUGGGCGUAUGUUGAUGCAUGUAGGUUUAACUCAUAACUGAAACUACGUCAUAAGAUAAGGUCUUAUACCAUAACGCAUUUCAUGUGAAAUUAAGCUUCGAGUUUCGUAUAUAAUUGUCUUUUUAAUAGUUAAUAUACAUAAACAUGCUUACAUUUAAAACAUGUUUGGCGUGUUAAUUUGUAAUUCCUUGCGAUCGAUUUUGUAGAAAUAUAAUGUAUUUUCUUUUGCUCAUUUUUUUACAGAAAACUGACAUUUAAAAUUCAUAUAACACUGCUUUUCUUUUUUAUAAGGUACAAUUUGCCUCCGUUUUUUUAAUGUAUUUUUGUUUGUUUUUAUUAAUUUUUUGCAAUCUAUUUUCAAUUUGUUUUGUUGCAUUAUGAUUGCUAUCAUUGUUUAAGUCAUAUUUCUUUAAGGAAAAGGCCAUUAUAGUCAAAUUUUCAAAAUCUGCUUAUUACGUUUGAAUGAUUUAAUUUAAACGAUGCAGACGCUCAGGCGACAAUUUGCACAUGUAGGGAAAGUCUUCCUAAUUGAAAACAUCAUUGCCAAAAUCUUGACACCAAGCCUGAUUGAAAUGAUUAAACAUUAUUAUUGAAUUCAGCUAGAAUAAAUUGAUAUGAUUUCAUGAACUUGUAUGCGCCAUUCUUUCAUCGCAUAGCUUGAAAUA